AUGUUAGCUCAACCAAAAUUGCUCUCAUGGUCAUCAGCUAAAGCACGUAUCCUUAAUCAAUUACAUUCUACUGCAACAAUACAUGACGAAUCUGUGCAUCGUUUACGUCGAAUUUCUUUAACAUCAAGAAUUCCUCAAUUUCCAUUAUUCUCAAGUCGAUCUUUAACUAAGAUUCCAUUUGAUACACGUCUUCGAGCGUUUACAUAUUAUCGAUCAAUUGAUGAAGAUGAAAAUUCAAAUGAUGUAGAAGAUAUGAUUAUUAUAUCAUUAUUUUAUGAUGAUCCGAAAGAUCCACGUUCAGCAAUUGUUGUUUGUUUUGCUUCAUUGAAUGCAGGAAUUAUUCGGAGAAUGUUAAAAUAUGAUUUUCAAUUUCCAUCAUUUCAAUUAUUAAAAUAUAUUGCAAAACUUCAACUUAUUGUUGGUUAUUCAAAUAAUCAGCUAUAUUUAAUUUCCAAUAAAAAUGGUCAGUUAAAAUAUUUAACAUCUGUUAAUUGUCCGGGUGUUGCUCGAAGAAUAAUUUAUGAUAAAACGGCACGUGAUAUAAUAUAUGUUGGUGGUGAUAAUGGUUUCUUUGUUCGUUGGUAUCUUGUUCGAGAAACAAAUGGAUAUGACUUACGACUUGGUGAUAGAUUAAAAUCGGUAUUUAUUAAUCGACAACAUAAUAUUAUUGAUAUGAAACUUGAUCCAAUAACACAUAAAUUAUUUAUUGUUGGUCAUAAAGGUUGUUUAAUAUUUGAUACACUUUUAAAUCGAGAAUCAGCUAGUGUUCUUUCGGCUCAUGGUGCAUCUGUUACAUGUGCAAUUAUUUAUGGUUUCUCUAUAAUCAUGGGAUUUUCUGAUGGUGUAAUGAAGAUAUUUGAAAUUGGAAAUGAAUCGAUUCCUGUUCGAUAUCAAUUACAAGUACAUAAAUCUGCUAUGAUGAGUUUGUUAAUUACUGCUGAUGGAGUAAUAAUUACUGGUGCUGAAGAUGGAACUGUAUGCUUUUAUUCUCUUGAUUCAUUAGUGAAACUUGGUGAACAUUGUUUUCAUGAACCUAUUGAACGAAUGAUGCUUGUACGUGGUGAAGAUUUACUUGUUAAAUUUAAACAUGAUUUACAAUUAUUAGUUUAUACAUUACCUAUUCGAUCAUUUUCUAAUGCAUUACAAGCUGUUGAACAAGUACGUGUUACAUUUCCAGUUGGUAGUAUUCCAGCACGUGUUACUGUACGAAGUCCACAAAAUCUUAUUACAGUUUAUAAUCCACGUUCAACACAAAUUAUUAAUAUUAUUCCAUUAUCUCCUGAUAGAAUUAUUGUUAAUGAUUUUGCAUUUGAUUCAGCUGGAGAAAUUCUUUAUAUUUUAACAAGUAAAGCAGUAUGUAGUUAUUAUUGCGCAAGUUAUCCGUCGUAUUUAAUAAAUCUAUUUGAAGUUAAAGAAGAAUGUCUUUUUACUAAACUUUGUUGUUUUAUGUGGUUUUCACUUCUUCCUGAACAUACGAAAAAACGUCGAGCAUUUGGAGUUGUAUUUGUUGGAACGACUAAUGGAAAACUCUAUCUUGUUCCUGGUGAUCAUCAACUUAAAUAUGCAAUAGUACCUGAUACACCUGAAGCUUUAUAUGAGUACUAUCAAGUACUUGAUAAGACAGUUACAGUUGAUUGCUUAGAAAUAUUUCAAGCUUAUGAAACAUAUACUACUCGAAGAGGAGCAAGAUAUUUACUUGCUAUAGGAAAUGAUUUCAUUGCAAAAUUUUAUCGUAUAUCAAUAAAUUAUCAUGAAAUAUUUUUACGUCAAUUAGGAUUAUCAAUUCGUCUUGAUGCUUCAUGUAUUGGUGCAGCUAUGGCUGAAAGUCGAAUAGCUCUUGCAUGUAAUGAUCGUGGUUAUAUUCAAAUGUAUUCAAUAACAAUAAAUGGUCUUGAUGAAGUUUCACCGAAAGAUAUUCUUCAUGAACAUUCACCAGUAAAAUCACUUACUGGUUGUGAUACUUUAGGAUUAUUUGCAACAUUAAAUACUGCAAAUGAAAUUAUGUUAUGGACAAGAAAUAAUGAAGCCAUAAGAAAAAUAAAAUGCGAUUUUCCUUUAAUAUCAAUUGCUAAUCUUAAUGAUAGAGGAGAUAUUUUAUUAGUAUCAAAUAGACGAUUAAACUUUUUAAUGAUGAGUGAUUUUGCACCUGAUCAAGUUUUAUUUGACUUAAUUUCAACAGAAGUUGAAGAGCCAGAUGUAUUGGGUUUUUUUGAAGCCCUCGAACAAGAAAAAGCUCAAGCUGAAAUGGCGAAAAUGUUAGAAAAGAAAAAACUAUGCCCAAUUGCACCUGAUGCUCUAAUACCUAAUUCAACACUUCGUUCAAUGUUCAAAAUGAAAGAAAUCGAACCAGUUGAAGUAAAAAUGUUUCGAUUAAGAUUGAUUUCGCCCACAACAUCAGAUACAACUCAAAAGGAAUUAGAUGAUCGAUUGAAACGAUUUGCUGUAUUAACAAAUUUCGAUGGUAUUCAUUCAACUAUUUUUCAAUCGUUACAUAAAAUUAACAAAACGAAUAAAAAUCUCAAUUGGCAAAAUGAUGAUGAUGAAUGGGUGGAAUUAGAAGAUCCUGAAGGUUCAGUUGUUGAAACUUCAUCAAAAUCAUCUAGUGCAAAAAGAACUAAACAUGUACGCCCAACAACGGGUACAUUGAUGUCUCGUCAACAGGAUACAAUUCCGGAAUUAUUUAGAAGAAUGCAAAAUGAAUCAUGGUGGCAACAAACAGAUAAAGAUGCAAAUAAUAAUUUACGAUCAAUGUUACUUUAUUUAAUUGAAAUAAUAAAAGCUAAACAAAAUAAUUCAUACGAAUCAGCUUGUCAUUAUGUUGUAGAUGUAUUUCGAACAUAUGGUAUUGAACCAUCACUUGUUAAUCAAAUUCUUGGUAUUCUACUUAAUCAUUUAUCUCAAGGUGAAAAUGAUCCAUUAAAUAUCCAUACAGUUGGUACCAUAGCUCAAUUUAUGAUUGAAAGAAAAGAUAUUAUUGUUCCAUUACUUGAUUUUACAUUAAAAUGUCAACCAGAUAAUAUACUACGACAAGAAGCAAUAAAUGCAAUUAAAUUUAUUACUGAUGUUAAUAGUUCAGAUGAUAUUGAUUUAGUUCUUAAUAAUAUGUCAAUUGUUCAAGAUGCUGCUGAAGAUACAUUUUCAUUAAAAGCAAUUAUUGACAGAAUUAAAUAUAAACAGAGAAAUAUUCCAUCAGAUGUAGUUGUUGAAGAAAAAGACAGUGAAAAAAUUGAAGAUGAUAUUCUUCAUCCAUUAUUAAAAAAAAUUUCUCAAGAACGUUGGUAUCCUCGUGAUGAUAAUCCAAUUACACUUGAUUCAAUUAUUGAUGUUAUACUUGCUAAAUUACCAACGGCAAGUAAAACAAUGCUUAAAACAUUAACAGCACAUCUUGUUCAAUUAAAUCGUGUUAUUGGCUAUUCAAAAGAACAAUUUGAUCGAGUAUCAAAUGGUAUAAUCUCGCUUCUAUCACACAAUGAUGCCGAUCAUCGAUUGAUAGCUGCAACAAUUUUAGCUGAUUUAGGCAAAGAAACAAAAGCUAUUGAUAUUGCAUUACUUAAUUCAUUUAUAAAUGAUCCACGAAUUUUAGUUCGAACUGAAUGUUGUGAUACAUUAAAAAGAUUAACUUCAGUUAUGUCGGAUACUGUUUUAAAAGAUUGUGCAGAUGAUAUUCCAUAUUUAGAAACUUUACCAGAAGAAGAUUUUAGUCUUCAAAAUUAUUUAAAAGAAAAAAAUCGGACAUUAACACCACCACCAUCAACAGUAGAUUACCAUCCAUCAGCACCAAUCGAUGAAAAACACGAAGACGAAAUACAAGAAAAUGAAAAUGAAGAGGAACAUGAAAAUGAAGAAGAAGAACAUGAAAAACAAGAAGAAGAGCAUGAAAAGCAAGAAGAAGAGCAUGAAAAACAAGAAGAAGAGCAUGAAAAACAAGAAGAAGAACAUGAAGAACCAGAAGAAGAAGAAAAUCUUCUAUCAACUAAUGAAGAUCAACAAGAAAAAUCACAUAUCAAUAUCAAAGAUUCAACUCAUCCUCCUCCGUUUCCUUCUAUCAACGAACAAAUCGAUGAUAUCAAAGCAAUUGUUCGUUCACGUUCAUCAUCCCCUCGAAUAGAUGAACAACCAACUAUUCAUAAAAACCAUCGUGCUUUACAACAAACACCUAGUCAAUUUAGUAUAACUCCAAGUUUAACUUCUUCAACAACAGCAGCAACACCUAUUGAACAACCAAUACGUGUUGAAAUAAAUGAAAAAAUAAAGCCUAUUAUUCAGUCUUCACAUCAUGUACCGAAACCACGAAAAGAAUUACCACCACCACCACUACCACCUCCACAAUUAUCUUCACAAACACCUCGUCUACGUAAACAACUAACUGUUCCUAUUGAAAAACCAAGUCGAACACCAAGUAAAACAAUUGCUUCUGAUCAUUCAACUGGAAAACGUUAUCCACUUUUACCAAAUAAUGUAACUAUGUGGGAUUCAUAUGCAAAACAAAAUGAAAUUAUUGAACAAAAUAAAACUCAAAUUCCAUCUUCAACAGAAAUUCAUCAACAACCAAUACAUGAUCCAGUUCAAACAAUAAUUAAUGAUCAUAAACAUACUUUUGGUUAUUAUCGUAUGAUACCAAAUCGUCGUGUAUUGAUUCCUCAUAAAAUAUCUCUUACGGAUUUAUUUGGUGAUCAAAUGCAUAUAACUGUUAAUAGAAGAAGUUCAUCACCAUUAACAACAAGUACAAUGCGUUUGUCUGAUUUAAAUCGUAAUAAACGUCAUUUACAUGAAGUUGAAUUUAUACAAUUAUUAUCAUCACUUGUUAUACGUUCAAUACAAUUACAUAGAAGAAAUGAACAAUUUAUACCAGGAUCAUUUUCAUCAAAUGCAAAUUCUUCUAUGAAUUUUACGGAUGCAUUAACUAUUUCACAAAUGCAAUUACAUUCAUUAACAAAUUUACAUCAACCAAGUUUUUUUACAUCAAAUAAAUUACCACCUAUUGAUCAACAAAGACCAUCAUCAGCACAAACAACUAGAAUGAAAUCUGAUGCACAAACUAGAGCAACAAGAACAGGUGUUAAUCUUCGCAAAGCUAAAGACAUGGAAGAUGCACUAUCUAAUGUACUAAAAUCAAAUCGUGAACUUACACGAUCUACAAUUAUUCAUGGAAAUAGUUCACAUACAACUGGUGCGUCAAUUACAUACGAUCAAAAUGAAAUCACACAUGCAUGGCUUCUCGAACAAUUAUUACAUUCUCAAGGUACACCAGAUCCUCAAAAUUAUAUUCAACAACUUAUUCGAACUUAUCCAAAAUUUACACCAUUACUUUAUUCACGAGUAUCCGAAGAUCUAAUUCCUGUGAUUUGGAAUGAUCCUGUUAUGAGACAACUUGCAUCAAUUAUUAGUAAUAAACCAGAUGAAUCAACUAUUGAAGAUAUUUCAAUGAAACAUGCUAGUGCAAAACCAACACUACCAACAUUUGAUGAUGAGCAUUCAUCAAACUUUUUUGAUUAUGCAGCAUCAAGUCAAAUAUUGGCUAUGCAACAACAACAACGAGAUGAUCAUAAAAAGGAACUUUUACCAACUGUUCGUGGUGUAAAAAUGCGUCUACCACGUCACGUACUUAAAUUUGGUUUUCGUGAACUUGAUGUCGAUUCUCCAGAAGAAUCACUCGUUUCCUUACGCGAUGAAAGUACAUCAAAAUCACGUCGACGACGAAUUUAUAUGCAUCUUAUGUGUAAUCAUAAUAAUCAUUAUGAUGAUAAUAACUAA